AAAUGUCAGCGGGCUCUAAUAUUGAUUGGUUGUUGCAUAUUUAUUUCGCCCGUAAGGAUUUUAUGCGAUGUAAGAUGCUUAUCGACCAGGAGUUAUACAAACAUCUGAAUCCGGAAUACUUGUAUUUUGUGAAGGGUUUAAUUGACCGUGAAGAGGGCAACCAUAUUGAAGCCAUGCACAAUCUUCAGAAGGCUAUCGAACUGAAUUCAAGAAAUGUUGAAACGUACAAAGAAAUCGGCAAGACACUGUUCAUUAUGGGACGCUUUAAUCAGGCUCUUAAUGUGUUUCGUGAGGCCGAAGAACUUUCACCCCGGCCAGAUCACGAGAUUUACCAUUAUAUUGGUAGUUUGCUGCAUCGUUCAUCGUCAGCAAGUAAUCAGUUGGAAGUGGCACGUCAAGAGGCUGCCGAAGCGAAGAUGUACUUUCAGAAAGCUGUGCAGUGCGGAAAAAAACUGGAAAGUUUUCAAAGGCUUGCAGAAAUUUAUCGCAAAGAGAAGGAAUACGGCAAAGCAAUUGAAGUGCUUGAGAAUUGCCUUUUAAUUGCACCGGAAAAUACUGCAGUUUUAACAGAAAUUGGUGUGCUUUAUUUAAAAGUAAAUGAAACCCAAAAAGCUUUUGAUAGACUGCUUGAGGUUAUUAAUAUCGAUGGUAAAUGUUCAAAGGGCUUACUGGCAUUUGGUGCUAUAUUACAAUCUCGAAAUGAUGUCGAUGGUGCCUUAUCCAAAUACAGAGAAGUCGCUAUUACAGAACCCGAUAAUGCUGAGCUGUGGAACAACAUAGGACUUUGUUUCUUCAAGAAACAAAAAUAUAUUCUAGCCAUUUCCUCAUUAAGAAAAUCCAUUUGGCUCUCACCAAUAAACUAUAACGCGCUGUACAACUUGAGUUUAAUAUAUAUUGCAGGUAAAUGA